AAGGAGGGAACAGACAGAGGAGGGAAUAAGAAGGGAAAAAAAAAAAACAACAUAUAAAAAAAAAAAGGAAAAAAAAAAAGCCAACAGGUUGAUCUGGAUUUCCAUCAAGGGUUCCACCCUCCUCCGUUUAAUGAACAUCGCAGAACAGGUGCUUGGAAUUCAUUAGCAGCCCACAAGCCCAGCAGACGGGAAUCGCGCCGGCCCGGCCGCGCUGCCGCUCCUCUCUCGGAGGCAGCAGCAGCCGCCACCAACCUCCAGCCCUUCUCUCCCUCCGCUUUACCCUCCCCCGGAGCCAGCCCGGCCAUGACCAACCCCAGCUCUGCCUUCUCCAGCGGCUCCCUGCGCUCCGGGGAGGCGUCGGGGCGGAUGAGCCGCGGCAGCGCCGCCGGGAGCCCGUGCCCGGAGCGCCGCAGCCCCGACGGCGGGGCCAGCGACGGCCGCGGCUCCCCGGGCAGCCUGCGCCGCUCGCCCUUCCCCGGCGAGGCGAGGCUGCCGCCCCCCGUGCGCCUGGACAUCGACACCGAGUUCCAGGCCGUGCGGCAGCAGGAGAAGGAGGACAUCAAAGUGCUCAACAACCAGUUCGUGACCCUGAUCGAGAAGGUCCAGAGCUUGGAGCAGCAGAACAAGAUCCUGACAACCAGGUGGAACUUCCUGAAGGACCAGGACAAUUCCCACUCUGACUCGGACAUCAAGGCCAUCUACGAGCAGUAUGUGAGCAAAAUGAACCAGGAGAUGAAGGCGCUCAACUACGAGCAGGAGAACCUGGAGUCGGAGCUGGCGAAGGUCCUGAGCACCAUGGACGCCUUCCGGAGCAAGUACGAGGAUGAAAUUCGCCUCUGCAGCGGGAUGGAAUUCACCUUCAUGGAGCUCAAAAAGGAUUUGGAUGUGAGCACCUUGCACCGCACGGAGCUGGAGGUGAAGCUCAAAGGGCUCCAGGAGCUGCUGGAGCUGAAGAAAACCAUCUACGAGCAGGAGCUGGAGGAGCUGCUGACGGAAAUCAAGGACAUUUCCGUGGUGCUGGGAAUCGACAGCUGCUCCCGGCCGGACCUGGGCAGGAUCGUGGAGGACGUCAGGGCCCAGUACGAGGCUCUGGCCCUGCGGAGCUGGGAAGAGGCCGAGGCCCUCACCCGGAGGAAGCUCACCGACAGCAGCUCCCAGCCCGGCUCCUUCGGGGGGCACCUCCUGGACAGCCGGCGGGAAAUCGCGGAUCUGAACAUCCGCAUCCAGAAACUGCGCUCCUGCAUCGUGUCCCAGAAGAGCCAGUGCCUGUACCUGGAGGAGCACAUCCGUGAGGCUGGCGAGCAGGGGGAGGGGACCCUCAGGGAUGCCAAGGCCAAGGUGGCGGGGCUGGAGGAGGCCCUGCAGCGCAGCCGGGAGCACAUGGCUCACCUGGUCCGCGAGUACCAGGAGCUCAUGAACAUCAAACUGGCCCUGGACGUGGAGAUCCUCACCUACAGGAAGCUCGUGGAAGGGGAGGAGAACAGCAUGGAGCAGCCCAUUCCCACCGUCAUCAGUGCUGUCCACUCCCGGCCCAAGCCUCUUUCUGCCAGCACCCUGCGGAACUCACGGCUCUUUGCCCGGGGCUCGGGGGACACGGAGCCGAGCGGAGGCGGCCCCAGGAACCCGGGGAGAGCCCAGGACGUGCCGGGCACUCCGGACACCGGGACCCGGCCCAAGCUCAGCUCCGGGGCCCCCGGGGAGUGCUCCUAGGAGAACGGGAUGAACGUGGAUCCAAAGCACCUGGGAAGCUCUUCCUCCUGAACUCCAGCCCGCAUGCAAGG